ACUUUACUUUUUAUAGUACUACUUUUCGUUCUCUCGCUCUUGUGUUGUGUUUUCCUUGAAUAUUGGAAAAAGCCAAUUUUUUUCCUUUUUCAAAUUUGAAUAGUAUCAAAAUAGAAGAUAUAAAAGGUGCUUUUGGAAUUCUGGGCUUUGGUAUUUGUGGUCUAAUAAAUUAUUUCUGGGGAAAGUUGGGUGGUCUUUAGUUUGGAGAAAGUUGGAUUCUUUUUUGAGAGAUGGAUGAUGAAUUUGCUAAGCUUGUCCGGAGGGUGAACCAACCCAGAGUUGUGAUUGACAACAAUGCUUGUGAGGAUGCCACUGUUAUCCAGGUUGACAGUGUCAACAAACAUGGGAUUCUCCUGGAAGUUGUCCAAGUGCUUACAGAUAUGAAUCUUACAAUAACAAAGGCAUACAUAUCAUCUGAUGGAGGAUGGUUUAUGGAUGUCUUUAAUGUUGUUGACAAUGAUGGCAACAAAAUUAGAGAUAAGGAAGUUAUGGACUAUAUUCAGAGUAGAAUUGAAACUAGUGCUGGCUUUGUGCCGUCACGGAGAGGCUCCGUAGGCGUGAUGCCUGCAGAAGAGCAUACAUCGAUUGAACUUGCUGGCACUGAUAGGCCUGGUCUAUUAUCUGAAGUAUGUGCAGUUCUUGCGGACCUCCAUUGCAAUGUUGUAAAUGCUGAGAUAUGGACCCAUAAUGCUAGGGCAGCUGCUGUAGUUCAUGUGACAGAUGAUUCAAUGAGCUGCGCAAUCAGUGAUCCAAAACGUCUCUCAAUGAUAAAGGAAUUGCUUUGUAAUGUUCUCAAAGGAAGUGAUGACUUGAAAACUGCGAAAACAACGCUUUCAGCUCCAGGUGUUAUGCACAGGGAGAGAAGGUUGCAUCAAAUCAUGUUCGCAGACAGGGACUAUGAAAGGGUCGAGAAGGCAGGAGUUAGGGCGGUAGAGGAAGGGAGUUCAAGACCUCAAGUCACUCUGUUGAAUAUCGAGAAAGAUUACACUGUUGUUACCAUGAGGUCAAAAGAUAGGCCGAAACUAUUGUUUGAUAUAGUCUGCACUCUCACAGAUAUGCAAUAUGUUGUUUUUCAUGGAAUGGUGAACACAGGAAGGAUCGAAGCUUAUCAGGAAUUCUACAUCAGACAUGUAGAUGGGCUCCCCAUUAGCUCGGAAGCUGAGCGUGUUCGUGUUAUUCAAUGUCUAGAAGCAGCCAUUGAGAGGAGGGCAUCUGAGGGGCUGGAACUAGAAUUGUGCACAGACGACAGACUUGGACUCCUGUCUGACAUCACCCGCAUAUUCCGGGAAAACAGCUUGUGUAUCAGGAGAGCAUUAAUUUCAACAAAAGGUGGCAAGGCCAAGGAUACCUUCUAUGUCACAGAUGUGACAGGAAAUCCAGUUGAUCCCAAGAUCAUCGAUUCUAUCCGUGCACAGAUUGGACAUACCGCAUUACAGGUGAAAUGUAACUCAAGUCUUGCACCAAAACUACCUCAUCAGGAGACAACAAUGGGUCAUUUCUUUGGAAAUCUAUUCAAAGCUCGAACUUUUCAGAAUUUCAAGUUAAUCAGAUCUUACUCUUGAGACAUCUCCUCCUCUUUUAAGUAGAUAUAUUUGUACAGGAAUAUCAGAUAUUAAACCAAAAGAUAUACAUAGGGGGAAAACACUGUAAAUAUUUAGCUUCUCCCUUGCUUGGUUACCAAUGCCCUGAUACUGCAAAGGAAAAGAAAAAACAUCAGCCAGUCACUACACUGUAAAAGUUACUGCUGGUAUUUGUAUAUCUUCACUGUCUAUUGUAAGUAACAUUUGUAUAGUUUAAUAAAAACAUGGCUAGAAGUUUGUAUAGAA